AUGACCACCACCUACCACCUACCAACAACCCAUCACCACCACCUACAACCCACCAACUACCAACUACCAUCCCCACCAUCAACCGCCACCCACCCACCACUACCCACCACCACCAUCACACACCACUACCAUCAAUCACAACCCGUUAAAACCACCCACCACCACAUCACCAAACCCCUCAUCUACCAUUCAUCACCAUUACCCACCACCACCACCCUAACCAUGACCAACCAAAGCCACCACCACCCGCGACCACCACCACCUACAACCUCACCACCAACCACCACCACCCACCCACCGUCGCCUCCACCCUUCACCGUCAACCGCCUCCACCACUCAUCACCACCUCCCCACCCACCACCAUCACCCCACCACCUACCACCACCACCACCCACAACAACUAUCCCCACCUACCACCAUCAUCUACCAACAACAUCACCACCCGCCUCCACCACUACCACCCACCUACGACCACAAUCUCACUCACUACCUACCACAAUCAUCAUAACCCCCUACCAUCACCCAUAUCACCACCCACCAACAUCAUCACCACCUACCACCAUCACCACCCACCACCUACCACCACCCACGACCACCUUCCUUCGCCCACCCAUCAACACCACCAUCGACCCACCCACUACCCAUGAUAGCCACCACACCCCUACCACUGACCCCCACCUAUCAUCCCCACCACCUAUCACCACAACCUACCUACCCACCACUACAACAUGUCACCACCCCCAAUACCCACCCUCACCUUUACCACCACCACUACCUACUACCUAG